CAACUGUUCCAGAGGUUCAUAAAGGCAUCAAGAGUAGCCGUGAACUGUAGCGGAAAUAAUGAUGCAUCGAGGGUCUUGUGACAUGGUUAACAGAGGUGUGAUGGCUGCAGUUCUGCUCCAGCUGUCAUGACUCCUUUCAUUUGGAUGCUCACAUGGCUGCUUCAGAUCCCGUUAGCUAUGAGUGAACUGCCCCCACCUGUCAACCUUAUCCUGACCCCAAGCCAUAUGUUGAAAUGGCAACAAGGACCAAGGACCCCCAGUGGAGUGUACUACAAUGUCACCAUUAUCACUGACAAGGGAACAUCCUGGGUUCCAGUGGCUGGCUGUGAGAAUGUCCACUACCCUCUGGUUUGUGACCUCACAGGGGCUUUUUACGACCAAAGAGAAGUCCACUUUGUCCGGGUCGUGACAGUGCAGGGAGGACAGGCCUCACAAGCAGUGAUUAGCUUAGGAUUUAUACCCUUCAAAGACACUCAGUUGGAACUACCACACCUGACUGUGACAACCUGUGGAAGGAAUCUUUGUGUCGACCUUCACCCCCCCAUGGAACACAGAAGAGAGAUCUAUGACACGCUCAGUUACAAACUCAAGAUUGAAUGUAACAGUGCAGAAAGAGCCAAGUUUUUCAAGGACAUCAGGUCCCUGAGAAGACAGAUUUUGGAGGACCUGGCCCCUGGCAGACAGUACUGCGUCUCUAUCUGCAUCUUGGAUACACUAGAGUCCAAGGCUUCCAACUACAGUCAACCUGUAUGUUCUUCCACCUCUGGCAUCUAUACUGCAGACCAGUGGCUCUCAGCUGUAUUAUGUUCAUUGCUGAUGUUGGGUCUGGUUAUCCUGGCGAUUCUGGUGAUCACUGGAUCCAUCUGUCUGAAAAGGAGGCCACUACCACUGGUCCUGACAACCAUUAAUCAUGUUGAAGGGAUUCUGGUCAUUGAUCCCUACAGCUCGUCACUCCCUUCCUUUUUGAAUGUUAAGCCAACACUGAUCUCUUCAAGUGAAAAGAGGAGCAACCAGUCAUCAGAUGAGAGUGAUGUUGAAAGUGGAACAGAAAGCCAUGAUGGGUGCAGAGGAGAUUAUCCACUGCGGGUGGGCUCAUCCUCUUUGUCAGCCCCCUUGUCUCCAGAGACUGAACCACAGCUCAGUAUCUUUUCAAACCAAAUAUCAGACUUCAGUUCACAGCCUGAAGUCCUCAAUUUCCAAUCAAAAGAGAUACAUUCCACUGCUGGACUGAACCAUAAAAAGAGCACAGACACAGACAGUUUGACAGUAGGAAUAAAAGAUACGGAUAGAGAGAAGAAGGAGGUGAUGAGAAAGACACACAACCAGGAUGUGAAUCUCCUCACAUUAACGUUUGGAAGGAAUGAGAAGAAAGGGGUGGACGAAUCUCAUCCAGACCUGGGAGAGGUAGAGCCACAGUCUCACUCAGCCUCAGAGGAGAAAAAUAUCAGUUUAAUUCAACCGUCACAAACGUGGGAUACUAAGGAGGUGGCCAUAGAAACAGUUUCCUGCUCUUCUAUUGAAGAUGUGGAGGAAGAGGUGCACUCUGGAUAUAUGGGGCGUCCAUGCACAGAUGUGUUACAGAAUUUUUUGUAGAAAUUUACAAGUUUUCCCAUUUGGAUAAUUACAUAAUGUGAUAAAUCCAAAGAAAGACUGUCAAUGAUCUAAAUUCUGAUUUUGACAACUGAUUUUUGGUUAGUAAUUCUCUUUAGAGAGACACCUAACUUUAGGUCAAACCGUACGCUUUGUGCUUCUGUAAGUGCUGUUUUACUUACUCUGUGUUGGCAGCUGUAUGAAUAUUGUAUAAGGUUUUGAUUUAAUGACUGAUUGAUUUCACAUCAAGUUUGUGCAUUAGAGACAGAAGAGAUUUUGUUGAAUCAGAAUAAGUGUGAAAAUGCUGUCUAUAUCCAUGUAAACAACACAACCUUACACAUUAGUAAUUGUGUUUUUUUUUACAUACAGUACAUACAUUUCCAUGUUGCUUGUUAACUGAGGGAAAGUAGGUACACUUGACAACAUUUCUUCAGCUGUAGUAGUCUCAAUAUCACUGAUGACAUUUUCCAGUGCAAAAGUUUCUUCAAAUGGGAUUUUAACUUACGACAUUGUCUUUCAGUAAAUGGUUUUGUAUUUAUAUAAAAUACAAAACCAUCUUGAUGACCACUCAAAGCGCUUUACAGUACAGUUUUACAUUCACCCAUUCACACACACAUUCAUACAGUGCAUCUAUUCGCAUCACUUGAUUAUUCUAAGGGGGGGCCAUUCGGGGCUCAGCAUCUUGCCCAAGGACACUUCGGCAUGCAGAUGGGUCAGACUUGGGAUCGAACUGCCGACCUUCAGGUUGGAGGACGACCACUCUACCCCUCAGCCACAACCGCCCGACAGUGGGCUAUAGACAGAGAGAAAAGGUCAAUAAAUAGGAAUAGUGCGUAAAGGUCCUAAGAUAAUUCACUGUCUCCAGAAUACGUAUUGAUCUUGAACUAGAGCUGAAACUAAAUUGAGUAUUGUAAAAAAAAAAAAAGUGAUGCUUUGAUAAAAUUUGUAUGGAUUAAUCAUAUGGUCAUCGUCAUGGUCAGUGUAGAAUCAUUAACAAUGAACCUAUGUAAAGUUACAUAUUGCCACAGGAUAUGUGUCUUAUUACUGUUACAUGUGUCAGUAUGAUUGUAUCUGUAUGAUUAAUCAAACAAUAUAUUAAAUUCAGAAACUGUGAAAAUGUAAUUUUACAUAUUGAGUGUAAAAUCCUGCCAUCCUUUAAACUCAGUGCCGAAGUACUCAAUGUGUCCUGUUACUCAUUCUUAAGCUGUACACAUGCAUUUUUCACAAUAAUAAAGUAGUAUUUUAUUUGGUAA